AUGAGGAUGUUUAGGAACGAAGGAAUCCUUGUCUUCAUGUUGUGGAAUUUAUGUCAUAGAGCCGAAGGAAGCUCACCCGAGAAUAUCUCUCUUCAAUUACAAUCCCUGACGAAAUCAUUAUUUCAGAACUACGAUCCUACUAUUCGGCCAUUUUACACGAACGGGGGCCCUGUCGUGGACAAAGUGCAGAUUUAUAUUCUGUCCAUCGAUUCAGUUAGCGAGGCUAACAUGGACUUCAAAAUGAGCAUGUUUCUUCGUCAAACAUGGAAUGACUCGCGUCUGAUGCACACGCCUAUAGAUGAAGAGGGAUAUUUAGAGAUGGAUACCCGACAAGUGUCCUCCUUAUGGAUACCCGACCUCUAUAUCAGGAAUGAAAAAGAAGCAAAUUUUCACCACGUCACUGUGCCAAACACUCUGAUUUACGUUUACCCCGACGGCACGGUCUAUUUCAGCCGAAGGGUAACUGGAACAUUUUCCUGCUUCAUGAAGCUUCACACUUAUCCUCUAGAUGAGCAAAUCUGUAAUUUGGAGAUUGAGAGCUACGGGCACAGUGCCGAUUUUUUACACGUGAAAUGGCGCGAUAUACCGGUAAUGCGGGUGGACGGACUUGUGUCGCCACAGUUCGAGAUCGGGGAAGUCAGUUCCUACACAUGUGACGAGGUGUACAGUGGGGUCCUGUAUAGCUGUGUUGGUUUCAACAUCAAACUGACCCGUAACUAUGGAUACUACUUGAUCCAGGUUUACAUACCAACAAGCCUCAUCGUCAUGCUAUCUUGGGUAUCGUUUUGGCUUAACAUAGAUGCAGUUCCUGCCCGGAUCUCACUCGGUCUACUUACCGUUCUCACCAUGACAACCAUGUCUUCAUCCGCCCGGUCAGAGCUACCCCGGGUAUCUUACAUUAAGGCUAUAGAUGUUUGGAUGGCCAUCUGCUUGUUAUUUGUUUUCGCUGCUCUCAUACAGUUUGCGCAUGUGAAUGUGUUAUCACGUGUUGAACGGAGAAGGCGUGAAUCUGUUGUGGAAUCAAAAAAGACCGAUAUUAAUGGCGGUAGUAGUGGAAAUUUUACUACAAGAGAGAAUUCUGGUCAAGUAGCGGCGGCUAGAGAGAAAGCGAGGACAGCAGACAGGAUAGCGCGAAUUGCAUUUCCUCUCACCUUCCUUGUAUUCAACCUUGCAUACUGGCCUGUGUAUAUCGUGUGGGAUAACAAGUGA